GAUGCCAUGGUGGGGUUGGAUGGCGUUCAGGAUAUCCUAGAUAUUUAGUGUGGGGUCGCCGAACCUCACGGCUUGCACUCCCGGCACAUACAGACCCGAAGCACUGCUUCUGCAACGACGGAAGUCAAGGCAAUUGGCCUUGCAGGGUGGGACAAACUCUGAUCCGCCCCAUAGCUUGCGUAUGUGAUAUUGAUGAGUCUGUUUAUAGAGCAACUGCGUCAUCCGAUAAUAAGAUGGCGUCAUUAAUUUUCAAUGGGAAAUUGCGUUGAAUCAUAAUACUUGGGUUCUCGUGAGCCACCCUUUGGUGAAGGGCCGAAGUUCCAAGUCUGCAAAUCGUCGAGAUUCUGAAGUUGGUCCGACUAAGACUAUCUAAUGCAAUGGCUGUCUUACAAGCAGUUGACGGCGGUAAGGACAAGACAGCGGUGGUAACAGCGUCCGACGUGGAAAAUCAUGACGUUUCUUCAUCUCGCCUUGAAGAUCCGGCUUGUAGAAGUUCGUGGUGGAAAAGGCGAUAUGGUUCAGACGAGAAAGAAUUGCUUUUGAAGUUGGACUUCUUCAUCCUGAGCUGGGCUUGCUUUGGCUACUUCUUGAGGCUCCUCGAUACCACGAACAUGACCAAUGCCUAUGUGUCGGGCAUGAAGGAGGAGUUGAACCUUUACUCUGAUGAGUACAAUCUUUUCUCCACGUUUUGGACAAUCGGAUACACAAUCGGCAUGAUUCCCAGUCAAGUGAUCACCUCAUACGUUCGCCCGUCCGUCUGGAUACCCGCCUGCGAGGUGAUUUGGGCUGUCUUGACAUUCUGUUUCGCGGCCGUCCACAAUGCCAAGGCCAUCUACGCGAUUCGGUUCUUGAUUGGUCUCGCAGAGGCGCCGUUCUACAUCGGAGUGAUGACGCUCCUUGGAAAUUGGUAUACUCCCAAAGAACUCGCCACUAGGGCUGGAAUCUUCUACUCGGCAUCCUUUGCGGCCAACAUGUUUUCCGGCUAUCUUCAGGCUGGCAUCUACACCGGGCUCGACGGGCGGCAUGGACUUGCGGGCUGGAGAUGGCUCUUCAUCGUUUGUGGAGUGAUCAAUGUUCCAGGCGCGCUUUGGGGGUUUGUGGCCGUCCCUGAUAGUCCGUACAACACUCGGGUGUUCUAUUUGAGUGAAAAACAGAUCGAACUCGCAAAGACGCGGAUGGAAAAGCUCGAACGGAAAGCGUUCAACGGAAUCACCCUCCAGACAUUCCGCAAGAUGCUUUCCAGACCGUUUGUUUGGGUUUUUGUUAUCAAUUACAUUUUCUUCUGUCUCGACACUUACGCGUUGUCCUUCUUCGCUAUAUACCUGAAGUCUUUGGGGACAUACACCGUGCAGCAGGUCAAUAUCAUUCCAACCGGCGCUUACGCGGUCGGUCUGGUCGGCACGAUCAUCUGGGGGAUUCUCUCGGACCGCCUACAUACACGCAUAUGGAUCGCGCUAGCCAUCACGGCCGUCAACUUGGUCUCAAAUGCAGUGCUAGCUGCAUCGCCGUCAAAGGCUGCCAUCUUCUUCGGAUAUAUCAUCAAUGCUGCAACAUACGCAUAUGGUCCCGUUAUUAUCUCAUAUUUGAACGAGGUCUUUUCCUCCUUGGCUGAUGAGCGUGCUUUGAUCUUGGGUACAGCUCAAGCGCUUGGUGCUGCCUUCAAUGCGUGGAUCCCUUUGUUCAUCUUUAAUACUGGUACCCAAGUGCCUCUGUUUAGAGUUGGGUUCGCGACAGCCUCCGCUUGUGCUGCAUCACAGGGCUUGGGGAUUCUGCUGCUCGAAAAAUUCGGCAAGGCCUUGGAGAAGGAACGCCGAGAUGCUGAGACGGAGACUUGAAGUGCCGUGAGGCUCAUCGAAAUCAAACGGGGAAGAGGGCUUGCUAUAGACGUGAA